AUUGAUUUGGUACGUUGCUAAAACAAAAAUGUCUUUCUUAGCACCUGUCUUGCUUUCUUCAGGCCAAGGCGUGCAAGCUUUUAGUGGGAAGGCAGAGAAGACAUCUAACCUAUACCAGAUUUACCAAUCACCAACAAAUAAAACAAGAAGAUUAAAAAAUGGUGCUAUCUGACUUCACUGGAGUUGGUGUCGGAUUCGGGUUCGGUGUUGGCUGUGGAUUUGGCGUUGGAUGGGGUUUUGGAGGUAUGCCUAUGAACAUUUUAGGCGUUGGCGCAGGUGGCGGUUGCGGAGUGGGUUUGGGCCUCGGGUGGGGUUUUGGGACUGCUUUUGGGAGUCACUACCGAUCAUCUAGACUUACAUUUCAAGGCAUCGAGUUAGAGAACUCCGAUAAACGUGAGGAUAAGGGGGCCAACAUGUCCAAAAACACCACUUAAGCAGCCUCGGAUUUUAUCCCCAGAUUGAUUGCAUAGAGAAACUCUGCUCGCUUACUCUGAUCGGAUUGAUUGUAAUAGAAACAUCUUUUCUUCGUUCUCAAUGAAUAUCACUUCAGAUACUCGUAUA